UUAACCAAGAGCACAUAUUGUGUGUAAGAACUGCCAUUCACAAAUAUCUGAAUGUUUUACUCAUUGUACUUCAAAAUGGUGGAAAUGAACAUGAACAUAUAGAGAACAUGCACAAAAAAUAAACAGCAUAGUUAUGCUGUACUGUACUCCUGAGCAACACUUCAAAAAAUGUGUAAAACUCAAAUAAUCAAAUAAAUUUCAACGGCAUGUGAUCCAACAUAUUUGGAGGACUUGAACUUCUCUAAAUCCACAAUUUAUCAAAACAAAUUAACAACAAACAGUGCAGAUUUCUGAGCUCAUAAAUCCACCAUCUUUUAUUAAUGCUAAUGAGUUGCACAGUUUCUGUCAGCGGCACUGCAUAGAUUCAACCUGAGAGCUUUAUGCAGAAAUGUUUCCACUGAGGUUCACGUCAAUGAAGGCAUUUAAAUGUUUAUCUGUUUCAGUACUUUAGGAAAGUCUGGGUUCGCUUUGCAAUGUUCAAUAAAUCCCAAGUUGAUUUUUUUCUUUUUUUCCAAAGAGUACCACUUCACUGCAUUGUAAAUGUCAACUCCCUUGGUGGUGGUUUUCAGUGACAGUAAUGUCAAAACCUCAGUCCACAGACUCAUCCCACUCAACUGAAUACAAGGAGCACCUGUUCAUGUCCAAAUCCAGCUGUCUCUCCACAUCUGCUGACAGUGCUUAUACCCUCUGUGCUAAAGUGUUGAAGGAAAUUGCAGCAAAUAAAAGGCAAGGUUUUAUUGCUUUUGAAUCCCAAAUGGAGACAAAGCAAAAAAAACAAACAAACCAGGAGUAAAGCAAGUGAAUGAGACAAGGGGAAACCAAGAUAAAUACUAGAAGUGAUGAAAGAGGAAAUAUUUGGGGAAUUCAGCUGUAACUAAUACUACAAAAUUAGACAAGGGAAGUGAAAGUAAAUACAAUGAACAAGAGACAAAGACUACCAAACAAACCCCAACUAGAAUUAACUAAAUGCAGCAACAAAUACUCUAAGGCAAGGCGCAUAAAUGAAUUAUUGUUAGAUGGAGUUUGUUUAGAUCUUAAACUAGAAGAUAACGUGAAACAGCAAUCCCCAUUUUUUAAUUUAAAGUAGAUCCAUCUGAAAACAAAAGUCAGUAACUGAGUAAAGCCAAUGUCUCAGCAAAAUAUGUGGCUUCAAGUCUGCGAACAGAAAUUAAAGUUUUAUUUUUCUAUUUUAUUUGUGAAUCCAGUUAUUUCAUAUGAUUGUAUAAAAUAAUGCAAUAACCAAUCUUUUUACAAGAGCUUUGUAAAUAUCAACACUUCACUGAGUUCUUUUGAUUCCUCAGAGGCAUCCGAUGGAAGACAAAACACUGCUCAGUAGACCAUUUAACUUUAAUUUAACACUUUAUUACUUCUAGAAGGGAGAUGCGUCCUGCAUUACACGUUGCCGCGGAUCUCAAAAUGGUGAUGUGCCCCUGACAGUUUUAUUACAGAAGCUCUCUCAUUCUAGUCUAAACAACUGUGUCUCAGUAACUUUCCACUAGAAAUGGUGCUCUCUUAUCUACAUUUUCCCAGGCAAGUAUGAGCGAGAGUCUGCAGCUUUCUACUCCCCAAGGACACAUGGUCUCAUGCCAUUAUUUUUCAGGGCUGUGUCCAGUUAAUACUCCACUAUAUAACUUUAUAACACUUACUAAUAAAAAAAGCAUAGCAUUAUUGAGGCACUGCAAAUUAUUUAAUCCCAACAGUUCCUCCUUUGAUCUGAUCAGAUCAGAUCAACACUACUAAAGUCAUCAAGCAUCAUCAUGUUGUUUUCAGAUCUCCAACAGCUCUGUUAACCAACCUUACCAAUAAUCCUCAGAUAGAAGGCACACCACCACAAAUUACCCAACUAGCUGUAAAAACGAAUAAGGAAACCCUAAUGGUACUAAUACACCCCUUCCAUUGCCCAAGGACAGACGUCAUCCAAUGGAUUAUCAAUUCCAAAUAUUCAUGCAUUUAUUAAUUUUCUUAAAUGAUGUUCUGAGUCUUCCCUGGGCUCUAGUUACAGAACCAUCUGGGGUUGUGUUGUUGGGAAUGAAAGUGCAGCACAUCUCUCCAGACAUUACACACACCCCAUUUUUACCCACUAGGUGUCAGUUCUCUAUACUUCUUUUCCCUCUUUGGCCCUCUGUCCCCCUUUAACGGGUGGACCAUAUAUGGGAUGAUUGCUGUGCUUGGGCAACUGUCAUAACAUAAAAAUCACAAAUCACAGACCAUUACUAAAGCUAAUUCUCAGAUCUCCCAUUACUUUCAGCUACCUUCUGGGACGGGCGAUUCUCUGCACUCUUUUCCUCUUCUUUCUUCAACGUUAGGGGUUAGACUACCCUUCGGUUCAUUGCAUAGAUCAGGGGAUUUAUUUUGCCCCUUGGCCGGGAUCCAUGUUUCUUUUGGGGUCACAGCAGUGUCCCCCUUUCUUGGUCAGACCCUCCUUGGUCUCCCUCUGGAUUUCCGCCAACCACUUCGUGGUUAUUGCUGUGGUUCUGGGAUCCUCUCGAGGUGACUAGCAGGAGCCCAAACGGCAUGACCCUUGACCCCAAUUGCUGUCUUGGCAGUCUUGGUGUCUGCUGCGAAGGAUAUCUUCGUGACCUCAUCUGGUGUCUGCUCCUAACUCUGUAAAAGACGGAAAAACCAAACACUUCUCUGCCUAGCCUAGAUAAUCUAAUGUUAUUAUCCACUGUUCUUCUAGUGAUUCAAAAUUGGUUUAGAAUAUCAUAUCCGGGACCCUCUGACCUGGAAAAUUAGUCUAAUUAUUAUCUGUGUGUAAGCGUGUUUGCAGUUACCCCUCUGCAAUUUAAGUCAUUUCCUACAAUAUAUCAGUCCGGACAGUCACGCCGAACGAAGCUUAUGACCGUCAGAAGACUGAGUGCCAAAUCUCAUGAGCACAUUUGCAAUGUGUAUGAAAAUGAUUAUAAUCAUGUAUUGUAGUAAAAGAAAUCAAAAAGAAAUCAAACAUUUUCAAUCCUAACAUUUUCCCUCCUUUCACAAAAAGCAUGUGUUUCAUUCCCCUCCAGUGUGAUACUAAGCUUCUCAUGAACACAGGCAUUUUAUCUUCUAAACGCGAUUCAGUUUAUUUAAUCAUUAACAGUUUAUAUUGAUUUACAUUUUUUCGCUUAGAAAAAAAAUACUUGAACAAAUGGAUCAAAAUUAAACACCACCACAGCAGCGUGUCUUAUAAAACAGACAGUGCUGUCAAUACUGUAGCUCCUCCCAUGAAAACCUUACCUGCUUUUCCUUUCAUCAGUCAUCCUAUGACUGUUGUAUUUUGGAUUAAACAACUCCUGUGACACAGAGCAGAAGUAAUUCCUCACCAACUGUAUCAGUCAAAUUAAAAAAACAAACAGACUGGGUUUUUUCAUGGAAGCAACACAAUGGAUUGGAUAAUUUGUGUUACACUAUUUUCAUCUGUGUUAAAUGCUGCACUUUGUUUCAAUAUCGAUCCCGUGGCUUGGAAGACCCUGAGUAACUCUGCUGCUGGUUUUGGCUACCAGGUGGUGCAAAGACAAUCAGAUGUGCUCGUCAGUGCUCCAGUAGAACACUAUUCACAAAAUCGAAGGGGGAAAAUUUAUAGCUGCACCACCUCUGCCCUAAACUGCCAAAAUAUCCCGUUUGAAGCACCAGAUUUUGCAGUCAACAUGUCGCUUGGUCUGACAAUGAAAAGUGAUCCCACAACACAAAACACUGUGGUGUGUGGUCCAACCAUCCCAAAGGACUGCAAAAGUAUCACCAUGUACAACGGUGUGUGCUUCCACAUGGACCGUUCUAAUAUAUUUGGACUACCCAUACCUUCUUCUCUUCAAGCAUGCCCGCCGCAAGUAGACAUUGCUUUUCUGUUGGAUGGUUCGGGCAGCAUAUCUACUACAGACUUUCAAACAAUGAAGACAUUUGUGAAAACGCUAAUUCAGUCAUUUCUCUCAAAUGAUGCACAGUUUUCUGUUUCCCAGUUCUCCACGUUCCCUCUAAUUCAUUUUUAUUUUAAGAAAUUUACCUCAUCUGGACCAUGGAUUGACAUAGAUGGAAUUAGUCAGCUGGGGGGAGCUACUUACACAGCUAAGGCCAUCAGACAUGUUGUGAACAAUGUUUUCACACCAGAAAGAGGUUCCAGACCAAAUGUAAAGAAGGUCUUGAUAGUAAUUACUGAUGGACAAUCCCAUGAUCGUUAUGAUCUGGGAGGUGCAGCACAGCUGGCAGAGAGUAAAAACAUUAUUCGAUUUGCUAUUGGGGUGGGGAGUGCAUUUACUAACAGUGCAGCAAAACAAGAACUGGACACCAUUGCAUCUUCUCCCUCAGUCAAAUACGUGUUUCAAGUGCAGAACUUCAACGCACUUGAAUUAAUAAGACAGAGUCUGCAGGACAAAAUCUUCUCCAUUGAAGGAUCUCAAAGCAGUGGAGAGUCACUGAAAAUGGAAAUGUCUCAAGAGGGAUUCAGUGCAGUUUAUGUGCCUGAGGGAAUUCAGACGUCUAUUGUUGGUGCAAACCAGUGGAAGGGAGGCUACGUGCAAUACACAACAGGAGGCCAGAAGCUGAAAACAUAUGAGGAUGUGUCUUUGGAGCCUGACAGUUAUCUUGGUUACUCCAUGGCAACUGCUAAAACCCGAAGUGGCUCACUAACAAUUGUUGGUGCUCCAAGAUACAAACACAGAGGAGUUGUGGUCGCUGUUAACAGACAAAGCUUUGAAAACCAAAAGAUCGAGCCCUUUUCAUCACAGUAUCAGACUGGUGCAUAUUUUGGGGCAGAGGUGUGUACCAUGGACAUAAAUAAUGAUGACAUUACUGAUCUGAUCUUCAUAUCAGCCCCAAUGUACAUGGAGCCUGAUAGAGAGGGAAGAGUUUAUGUUUGCAGACUAACUGGUUUGUUUGUGGAGUGUAAUUUUGAUGAUCCGUUAGUACUAAGAGGACAUUUAGCUGUCAAAGGAAGGUUCGGCUCUUCUCUUGCUGUGCUGCCUGAUCUAAAUUCAGAUGGAUUCAGGGAUUUGGCAGUUGGAGCACCUUUGGAGAAUAAUGGUGAAGGCAGCAUCUACAUAUUCCACAGUGAAGGAGGACGAAUCAGUCCUACUUACUCACAGAGAAUUACUGGCUCUGAGGUCCAGUCAGGACUGAAGUUCUUUGGAGUGACAAUCAGUCAGUCGUCUUUUGAUCAGAGUGGUGAUAAACUACCUGACUUAGCGGUGGGUUCAAAGGGCACGGUUGUCUUACUGAGAUCAAGACCUAUUGUAAUGGUUGAAGUCGAGGUGUCAUUCAGCCCAAACCAAAUCCCUACUCAGAAUGUAAGCUGCUCAAAACCACUGCAGAACACAGCUACAGUCUGCUUUACCAUGAGCAGAGUGUCUACAGUUGAUCGAGCUCAAGCUAGAAUUAAUUAUACUUUUACACUUGAUGCCACUCGCAAACCUCCAAACAACCGAGCUUACAUCAGUGGGAAACAACGAGAGGAGUCUCGAUCGGUCAUUGUUGACUUAAGUACACCAAACUGUUCAACUGUAAACUUCUUUAUUGAGGCCUGCCCAGACGAUGCUCUCAAUCAACUUUCCAAUGAGCUCAAAUUCACAUUUGACGGUUUUCCUUCCAACACAAAUCUCAGACCAAGCCUUGCUCAGCAGGCUCAAACAACAAUAAUUUAUCCUUUAGGGUUUGAGAUCAACUGCGGCACUGACAACAAAUGUGUUGAUGACCUAAAACUGGACUUCAACUUCACCAGAUCCUCAGAGGUUAAAGUGGGCAUUGAUGAGCUUUUGAAUGUCACAGUCACAGUGGAGAACAGAGGAGAAAACUCCUACAACAGUCGCGUUAUUCUCACGUACCCAGCUGGACUCUCCUACAGGAAGUUCACCAUUCAGCAGGGAAGAAUUGAGUGCAAAUCCUUGGACAGUGAAGAUGGUUUAUCCCGAGGAAGGACAGACUGUACUAUUGACAAGCCAAUUUUCAAGAGCAAAACUGAGGCUUUCUUCAUUGUCUCCUAUGGGAUUGACACCAACAGUCGACUUGCGAGAAAGAUCUUUGUCACUGCAAAUGCCACCAGUGGAAAUCAAGAGAACACUACUACGAGUGAAAUCUACGAAAUGAAAGAGAUUGCUGUGAAAUACAGCAUUUCCAUGACAUUUGAAAACACCCUCAGCUACAGCAAUUUUACUUUUGGGAUAAAUAAUUUGCAGAAACCGGUUCGACAAUCAGUCACGGUAACAAAUUAUAUCAGAGCGCUUAAUUUCACUGUGGUGAUCAAGGUUCCAGUGAAGCUUGAUGAAAAAGAGAUUUGGGUGAAUUUGAGCAGCCUACAGAUUGCAGACUGUCAGAGAGGAAAUGAUGAAACACCAAAUGUCACAGAUUCUGUUCCAAAGAUACAAAAGAAUAAAGUGGUGGACUGCUCUGUAGCCAUGUGCAGAGUGUUCAAGUGCAACACCUUCAUGGGAAGACUGCAGAGUAGGACAUACGAAAUCUCUGCCAACCUCAGUUCAGGAUGGAUAGAGCAGAUUGGACUUCAAUCUGCUAAAUUCCUCUUAACCAGUACAGCCACUGUGGAGUAUGACAAAGAACAAUACAUCUACUUUUCAACAGGGUCUUACAACAAUCCUCCUGUUCGCAAGAUUGUAGCAGAGGUAGAAGUUUACCCUAAGCCAGAUUUCACUAAAGCGAUCAUUGGAGGAUGCCUGGGAGGGUUGGCUAUUCUGGCUUUACUCACUGCUGGCCUGUAUAAGGCUGGGUUUUUCAAGAGCAAAUACAAACAGAUGAUGAACGACAGUACAGAAGAUGGUCCAGGGAAUGAUGCAAGUGCACUCACAGCAGAAUAAGAAAAUCAUAUUUGUAGUUGUACAUUUACUCUAUAUGAAAAAUUUAAGGCCCAGUGUGUGUAGCAAUGUCCAUACUACCACAUUUGGUUGAGUCAACAAAAGAUAGCUUGCUGUGUUUGAAAUCACUCCUUUGCUUGCUCAUUUACUAUUAUCUAAUAUAGAGGCUCCUAGCUGUGUCCUUCCACUACCUUCAGAAGCAGAAAACUGCUGAAAUUAAAUCAUCCGAGCAGAAAAAUACAACUGUCAAUCAAUGCCUUAAACUUUAGAAACCCGAGGACAAAGGAGACACAAAGUCUGCAUUCUCAAAUGAAUUAGAUGAGAUUAAAUUUAGUCUGUGAAAGUCCUGUGAUGGAUUAUGGUUGGAAGUGUCUUUUCAGGGUGACUUUUUCUUUGGUGAAGAAUUUUACUCUCUAAUCUGAUCAACAAUAAAAGAUGUGUUGUCAGCUUU